AGACCGCCCAUAUCGUAUCGCGUGCCAUAUGCAACUAAAGUACAACUGUGUGUUUUCGUUUUCUGUAAUGGUGCGAUGGUAAUUUAUUUUAAAUGAAUGGAGGUUCUCAUGAAAAUGUGGAUUGUAUUGCUGCUGCUCUCAGUAUUUUCAGAGACAGUCAUUUGCUACAGUCAUGGAAAAGUUGAAGUGGCUUGUGGGGACAUGACACCCCAACAUGGCCAUGAUCCCAGCACCAAAAAUCCACCAUUUAACAUCAUAGCAGACAAAUCCCAACUCAGCCCUGGAGACGAAAUCAAAGUGACAUUAUCAAUGGCGUCUUCAGAGGGCAAACAUUACUUCAAAGGAUUCCUUAUAGAAGCAAGAAAUGCUGGGAAUCUCAGUGAAAAAGUUGGAUCAUUUAAGUUAAUCAGUCCUGGAAUAUCUCAGCUUCUUACGUGCGACAGUAAAGAGGGCUCUGCUGUGAGUCACACCGAUAAAUCCCAGAAGACUGAGGUCCAGGUGAUCUGGGUAGCACCAUCUAACUCUCCUUCCAGUGUGCAGUUUCUGGUAACUGUUGCCCAAGGCUAUAAAGAAUACUGGGUGAAGAGUCCAGGUCCCGUAGUGUCCCAAAAUGGUGUCGCUCCUCCACCACAAACUACCUUUGGUGGGUCCAUUGGUGCCCAAACCACAACUUCCUCAACACUGUCACGUUCGUUCACCUCUGAGGGCUGUGGAAGCAAGAAGUCCUGUCUGAGAGAUCCAGAUGGCUGUGACCCACAAAACGACAUUGCGUGUCACUUCCUGUCCUUUAGGGCAUUGGGAAGUAGUGUGAUGUUUGAGCUCAGUGGACCUGCAGAGGGUUACGUGUCCUUUGCCUUAUCACAGGACAAAUGGAUGGGGAAAGAUGAUGUCUACUUGUGUAUUAGAGAUGCAGACAGAGUUGAAAUCAAGGCUGCAUAUGUUUCUGGACGGACUCACCCAGAAUACUCUUCACAGAACAUUUUGAAAGACACAGCAUGGAGGCUAUCAGAUGGAGUGAUUCAGUGUAGCUUCCGCAGGGACAUAAUCCUCCCACCUGAGAAUCUGUACAGGUUCAGUCUGGACCAGAUGUACUACCUCUUUAUGGCUCAUGGUCGAGCUGAAGUUGGGCGAACCCAUCGACAUGACCGCCAGCCUCUGAUUUCAACCUAUCAGACAGCCAUAACGGGACCUCCUGAGGAUCUAACUGGUUCUCGAUCACCCCUGCUCAUGAAAUAUCAUGGGGCUUUCAUGCUGAUUGCCUGGACAUCGACCGUCAGUGCUGGUGUCAUCAUGGCACGAUACUUCAAACCCGAUUGGCCCGAAAGGAAUAUUUUGGGGCAAAGGGUCUGGUUUCAGUUACAUCGAAUGCUAAUGGUCCUCACAGUUCUACUCACCUUGGUCGGCUUUGUUUUGCCUUUUAUGUACAGGGGAGGCUGGAGCAAGCGGGCAGGAAUACACCCCUAUUUGGGCUGUGUUGUCGUGGCACUCGCUGUCAUCCAACCUGUCAUUGCACUGUUCAGACCUGCACCAGAUGCCUCAAGGAGAUAUAUCUUCAACUGGAUGCAUUUUGGAACAGGAACAGCAGCUCAAGUCGUGGCUGUUGUCACCAUCUUCCUUGGGAUCCAUCAGCAAGCUCUGUUCCUGCCUGCUCCGUGGUCCACAGGGGUCCUGGCAGCCAUUGUGGUGUGGUUUGUGCUGGCUGAUUUGGUUCUGGAAGUCCAUCGAAGGGGAUUUUUACCUAUAGGUAAAUAUUUUAAAAAUGUCAAAAUCUACACUGAACAUAUCAAUUCUGAUGACAAAGAGGAGAUUGUGUUUGUUCCUGAUGAGAAUGAGACUUAUAGUGUGGAAUCUUGUUUUAAAAACAUAGUUCUGGCUAUUUAUCUUUGUGGAAAUCUGGGAUUUCUAACUGUUCUCCUUUGGACCAUCAGUGCAGUAUGACACACUCUCAGCAGUCGUUUACACAUUUAGUCUUUGGGACUUUCACUAAUCAUGCUUAUUUUAAAACAAGCCAAAGAAAUAUAGAGUAGGACUGAAUUACGACAGGCAACCUGUCAAUUUACGUUGAUUAUUAGAAUGAAAUUGUCUGAUUUUAAAUCAAAUUUCUUGUCUGCUGGGGUAUAAAUCAAUUUAGUAUAUUUUUAGCACUUAUAAUUUAUUUUUGAAAUAUAUAUAUGUACAAUAUUGCUUACCU